AGCUGUCAGCUUGUUAUGAUGCCAUCUCGUACCAACCUGGCUACUGGAAUCCCCAGUAGUAAAGUGAAAUACUCAAGGCUCUCCAGCACAGACAAUGGCUACAUUGACCUUCAGUUUAAGAAAAGCCCUUCUAAGAUUCCUUAUAAGGCCAUUGCGCUUGCCAUCAUGCUGUUUUUGAUUGGCACCUUUCUCAUUAUCAUAGGCUCCCUCCUGCUGGCUGGCUACAUCAGCAAAGAGGGGGCUGACCGGGCCUUUCCCUUCCUGAUCAUUGGCACCCUGGUGUUCUUGCUGGGUUUUUACCACCUGCACAUCCAAAGGCUACUGAGGUUACUCCUAUGA